AUUUAUUGUCUCUUUCUGAUUCUAGAACUGGAAAGAGAUAAGAAACAAGUUGAGUCUCGGUUAAGAGUUAACCGUGUUAUGAAACUGGGCCUUAAUCUGCUCAAUUGUAAAAAUGCUAUCUUCAGUAUUUGAAUUUAUCUCAGAUAAGAAAUUGUAGGACAGUUAUACAUAUGAGAUUCUCAUAUAGCACUGAUGCAGCAAAAUAAUAUCUGCAGAAUCAACAUCUUGACGCUCUAAAUCUGGUCAACACAACAGUGGCGCUGAAAAUUGUUUUCCAAGAGGGGAGAAGGUUGAACGGUUUGGAUUUGGACCUCUAUUUCUAUACACCACGUAGUGCCGAAUGGCACUAAAUUUGAAGUUGUACAGGCUGUGUCGCGUCGUUGUGUCUCUUCCGGUCACGCGUACAGAUAUUAUUCAGUAUUCUCUCUUCACAAACAGCAAAGUUUCAGCAUGCCACGAAAACAAAGUUCAAAAGCAAAGGCUGAUUCUUCCAAAGCUAAACCUGAGGACAAAAAUCGAAUCAAAGGCAUCAAAAAGCACUGAUAAAAGUGAUGAUUCAUCUACCGCGAAGAAGGCGAAAAAUGAACCCAAGCAAAUGCAAAAUAAGACAGAUACAAACUUGGAUGAAAUAGAUUUUGGAUGUGCAAAGUCAAAUCAGGAAGGAAAGAAGCAUAAUUUGAAGAUCUGUACAUGGAAUGUCUCUGGGAUCAGGGCUGUAAUCAAGAAACAUGGACUCGACUACAUUACCAAAGAAGAUGCAGAUAUAAUUGCUUUGCAAGAAACAAAAUGUAACAAGGAUAAACUGCCAGACGAAGUCAAAUUACCAGGAUAUCAUCACCAUUUCCUUGACAGUAAAAAGCCAGGUUAUUGUGGAGUUGCUUUGUUCAGCAAGGAAAAACCAAUUUCUGUGAAAUAUGGUUUAAAUGAUUCUACUUUUGAUACCGAGGGUAGGAUAAUCAUGAUGGAGUUCCCAGAAUUUUUUGUGAUCAACGUUUAUGUGCCAAAUGCUGGACAGAAAUUGGUGACAUUACCAAAACGAUUGGAGUGGAAUAAAUUAUUCAAAAAAUAUAUUGAAGAAUUAGAUCAUAAGAAACCUGUUAUUAUUUGCGGUGACAUGAAUGUAGCUCAUCAAGAAAUUGAUUUAAAGAAUCCCAAAACAAACAAUAAAAAUGCUGGAUUUACUAAAGAAGAACGGGAUGAUAUGACCGAUUUCUUAGCUGCUGGAUUUGUAGAUUCUUUUAGAUUAUUGUAUCCUGAAACAGAGGGUGCAUAUACAUUCUGGUCGUACUUUUCCAAUGCACGCGGUAAGAACAUUGGAUGGCGACUAGAUUACUUCUUGAUAUCAGAACGGAUCAAAAAUAAAGUAUGCGAUAAUAUUAUAAGGAAGGAUGUUUACGGCAGCGAUCAUUGUCCUGUAAUACUUUACAUCAAUUUGUAA